AGUAUUGCAAUGGGAAAUGAAACACGUAGGCUUUCAAAUUCAAUUAUCUUUCUCUUAAUUUUUCUUACUUUGGUUUCUAGUACAAAUGGUGGAGACAUUGUGGUUUAUUGGGGUCAAAACGAGAGAGAAGGUUCAUUGACCGAAACAUGUAACACUGGACUAUACGAAAUUGUGAACAUAGCAUUUCUAUCAAUAUUUGGUAGUGGUCGUAAACCUCAACUCAAUCUAGCAGGUCACUGUGAUCCCACAUCAAACAAUGGUUGCAAGAGUUUGAGCAUAGACAUAAAAAAUUGCCAAAAGAAAGGCAUCAAAAUCAUACUUUCAAUUGGUGGUGGUGUCAAUGGUUACUCUUUAUCAUCCAAUGAAGAUGCUAGAAACGUUGGAGAUUACAUAUUGAACAAUUUCUUAGGAGGGACAUCAAAAUCAAGACCAUUAGGUGAUGUUGUGUUGGAUGGUGUAGAUUUUGACAUUGAAGUUGGUGGUGGUGAAGUUUUUUAUAGUGAGCUUGCAAGAAGACUGUCUCAACAUAGAGGGACCAAAAAAGUGUACUUAACAGCUGCACCUCAAUGUCCUUUUCCUGAUCAACAUCUCAAAGGAGCAUUAUCAACAGGACUAUUUGACUAUGUUUGGGUUCAAUUUUACAACAAUGGUCCUUGUCAAAUUGAAGCUAGUAACCUCAACAAGUUCCAAAAAUCUUGGAAUCAAUGGGUUUCGACUAUUAAGGUUAGUAAGAUUUAUGUUGGAGUUCCUGCCUCACCAUCAGCUGCUACUGCUAGUAGUGGUUAUGUGCCAACACAGGUACUUAUAAGUAAAGUGUUGCCUUUUGUUAAAAGAUCAAGAAAGUAUGGAGGUGUGAUGCUUUGGGAUAGGUUUGCUGAUAAGCAAAAUGGAUACUCUAGGGACAUUAAGGCAUCUGUUUGAGAUUUUCUUUACUUUGGUUAAUUUGUAUUGUAUCCAUAAAUAAAUGCAAGUCGUUGUAAUGAGUUUGGACUGUUGAGUCAAGUUAAUAAAGUUUUUUAUUUCACUUAAUUCAACAUUGAUCUUGUUCCAUUUAUGUGUGACAUUUUUUUGUGAUAGCUAAAUGUUAAUAUCUUUUGUGGCUUCUUUA